AGAGAGUAGUUGACUUUGCUUGUGUUGAAAGGAACAACUUUUGAUUUUAUCUGGGGAGUUGGGGAGACGAUUUCACGAGCUUCGAGUUGUCAAAUGGAGGAGGAGGAGCUGAUAACUCCUUCCAUCAGCCUCUUCUUCUUAGCUAUGUAAAGCUGGAACGACUUUGCUUGUGGAAGCAAAGAAGAUAUAUCUCCACUCCAGCCCACCAAUGCCAGAGAGGAGCAGAGAUUCAGAGAGAACUUUUGUUUGCUUUUCGUGAACAGGGGCUCUUUUGGGUAACUUUCAUUAUAUAUAUACACUCUGUCGAUCAUCAUCGUCCGCAUCCGCAUCGAAGCUCACCCUUUUGCUAAUCAUCAUCUGCAUCAUCGCGAGCAGGAGCAAGGAAAGGAAAAGAUCAGAAAUUUCCCAUCAUUGGAAAUCGAGUCUGAGAGAGAGCGAGAGUGGAGCGGGGAGUAGGGAUGAUGCUGAUGAUCAUGAAGAGAAGCUGCGUGGCUCUCGUGCUGGUUCUGCAGUUGCUGAGUGGGGUCUCCGCAAGAAGCUCGGUUUUUGCACGUAAUGGCUAUGAUCGUCACGGGGUUGCUCUUCAUCAAACUGAGACCGACCCGGAGAUGCUUCCAUCUUCAAAGCACCCAAGGACCUUAUCAGAGAGAGCGCAAGAAGAGAUCAGGAGCGGUGAUGAUGAUGAUGAACAAGAAGAAGAAGAUGGGAAGCAAAUGGGAGUGAGCAAGAUCGGGUCGAGCCCACCGAGGUGCGAGCACAAGUGCUAUGGCUGCACGCCCUGCGAAGCCACCCAAGUGCCAGCCACCCACGACGGGCACGCCCAUGUCCGGGUCCAAUACACCAACUACGAGCCCGAGGGUUGGAAGUGCAAGUGCGGCCCUGCCCUCUAUACACCUUGACCCUUCCAUUGACGAAACACAAGGAUCUCUCAAUCUUUAUUUCCUUCA